UCCACGCGUGAAGUUUGCUAGCCGAGGUGAAUCGGCCGGAGAUGUUGCCGUAAUGAUCCAGUCCCAACUGCUUGCUGCCAACGCGUGUGAUAAUCCAGAGUUUCCUCGCAUUUAGAGCGCUACCGCUACAUGAAUUAUUUUACGUAAGUUUUCAGUCUUGCCCUGGCCGUAGCUCCUAAAAAUAUAAUCCCUUGUUUGGAAAGGAAAGAUUUUCUUAAGAAUGACUGAUGAGCUGAACCGGAAUCCAUGUGAGUUCACUGAUCUCCAAGCCUACAGGACGCCCAGAAUGCGAGGCAACUUCCUGGAAAGCGGCAAGAUCACAAUAGCACCAGCUGCUUAAAGGACCAAGGACGAACGAAUUCCCGUUUACAAUGAGCUCCAGUAACUGUCCUGUCGUUGAGGGCAGCACCAACCUAUCUACGCAAUCCAACGUCCGCACGACAACGAACCCCUCCCAAGAAGCAGCGACCGUCGCCGCCCAAGAUGAGACGGCGGAGGAAGCCGACAGGAAGCGGAAGCGCAGCCGUAGAGAGCGCACUGCUCGGGACCAGGCGCCCUCUGCGGGUAAGCCACGGCGGGAGCGCGCUAACUUUAACGCAGCUCAGCUCCACGCGCUCGAAAGGCUCUUCGAAGAUCAGAAAUACCCUGAUGGUGACCUGCGGGCAAAGAUUGCGCAGAGGUUGGAACUGAACGAGGAACGUGUACAGAUAUGGUUCCAGAAUCGACGAGCCAAGUACAAACGUCAGCAGCGAGAAGGCGGCAGCACGGUCUUGGAUGAACCCUCUCCGCUAGUAACUUACGAGUUUGGUCAACCGUCCUCGAUGGACUACAUACCCCCGCAGCUGGAUGCAGACAUGCUUGGGCCUGGACCCUGCACCGUACGCUCCUUUCCCCAGCCAAACGUUAGCCUCGUCAACUCUCACGUUGACACGGCCGAUAAUAGGCCGACUUCUGAACAAGCAACGAACAUCUCCGUGGACAAGCAGGAAGGCGCCACAAUCGGUUUUGCUCCAUUCGCGAACGGUCCAUCAAAGUCCCAGGUGAGGCAUCAUCCGGAGAGUAAUGACAACAAGCCUUGCAACACGACCGAGUGGCUCAGCUUGAGCGAACCAAGUCCAGAAGCCAGAGGCCCACACUUUGUAAAUGAUCCCCACUAUACGACGCAAGAACAGCAAAGCGUGGGAAAGUUUAUCGUCAGACCAGAGUCAGUGGAGCUCCAGGCAGCGAUCAGUCAGACACGGAUGAACGUGGCACCGGCGACUGGUGUCUGUGGCCCAAGCAUCUCUGAACCUCCUGUAACUAUGUGUCCCACCAUCGAACAGUGGUGUGACAACAGCCUGGAAACUAUAGACACAGCCCCUCGAGUUCCCUCGCUAAAGUGUGACACGUCGACAACCGGAUCGACCAGUGAGCGGCGUCUCUCCAACUCGCUCACCUCCGCGGGGGUUCCUUCGGCGUGUACUCGCACCAGGUCCCACAGGGGAGAGGACUCUUGCCACAGAGACAGCAAGUGCAUCACCUGCCGGGAGAAGCCUCCUCCGAACCAGGUCUGCACAGCCUUACCUGUCGGAGAGCGCAACGAACUGGACGAGGCGUUGUACAGGUGCGCUGUGGGUUCUAUCCUCGGCAUGCGAUCGCUUACUUCCCAGGUUAACGGACACGCCAAGAGCUCGACUCUCCAGUCUCCUCAACCCGUGCCAUUGCAAACACAGGCGACGAAUACUCUUGAAAAUCCAUUUUCAAAGGUCUCUGCAGGGCUAAAGUCAGCCAAUACUUCGAGAGACAACUCGCUGUCAGCACAGAGAAGAAUGGCGAUGGCGAGGAAAGAACGACAGCGGGAAGAAGCGUACCUCAGCUCGUCAAGCGAAUCUUCUAGCGACUCCGAGGGGAAAAUCCAGCGGAAACGACGACGGAAAGUGGCCCGAAAGUCCAUCAGCGGUGCACCGCCGAACCGCAUUUGCACAGCAGUACCACUUAUGGACAGGACCCUGCCUCUACCCUGUCUGACUAAAGAUCUGGACUUUGGAAGUUACUUCGACGAGAAUGAACCAUCAGGUCAGCAGCUACUCAGCCCAGUGGGAGAGUUCCCGCAAUGUCUACCGAGUCCUGUGUCACUGGAACGCCUGUCUUCACCAGAACCACAAUCGUCAGCAUCGGAACAUCCGGAAUACUCCAGCUCAAGCUAUAGCGACCUGUCUGACUUUGAAUCCAUCCCCCCUCCAGCUUCUUCCAACUGUCGUUAUCUUCCACACACCUCGAGAACUGAUAUCCCGGCAGUUGCUGUGUCGGGAAGAAACACCGCCACCGUAAUUCACCGCCCAGUUUCACUGCUCCAACGACAAUGCAGUAUUCGCGGGGAGGCAGUUCCAGUGACGGACAACAAUCCUACUCGCAUCAUGCGACAUGGCAGACUCUAUUCACUAUGUACUCCCAGCUCCAACACCGAUUGCAUGAAAGCACCCCAAGGUGGGUCGCCUAACGAGAUGGCACCACAUUCUUCCCAGACUAUGCACCCAGCUGUAACCCAAGGUGUUCUCUCGUCUGUUCCCCUGCCCUUUGAACUUCAGCUCGAACCGGCGACGCUCAGUGACAACUCGGACAAGCAGGUUAAGUCCGGGGUUCAACGUGGCUUAUCGUCUGCAGGCGAUGAGAACCGACAGAAUCAAACCUGCGACAUUCUCUCAAAAUCACGCAGAAUAGGCGAGAUUUGCAGCUCCCCUGCGUCCCCAUGGUCCGACAGCAGUCUGACGUCAUCGCAUCUCAACCAAACGUCACCAUCAAAUCAGCCGAUCUAUCCACACCUGGAUAAAGUGUCGAACAACUCUCGCGCGUUCGCCUGUACACAUGCGUCCUUUUGCUCGAUAAAUGUCAAGCCGGCGUAUGCAGGGAACACCGUGGACAGGCAUUCUUCCAACAGCCACGUUGGUUAUACGCGUUCACAGCCUCCGCAUGCGUCGAAUACUGAUACCAAUAGACACGGCCGACCUCAUUCAGUGCUCCAUAACCAUCAGGCCAACAUGUCAGCGCACUUGGACCUCUAUCCACCAAGCACACAAACAGGCCACCUAGAUUGUCUUCAUGCCAACAGUGGCGAGAAACCCGCAAAUUCUGACCUGGUGCUUAUGAGAAGCUUAGAAAGAGGACCUCCGGCUGACAACAUGCAGAUUGGAGCAUCUUACACUGAGGCACACCAGCAUCAUAACGUCGACCUUCAUGCGCAAGCGUCUCAUCAUUACACCGCUGUGGCCCAGCCGCCCGAAAGAUGGUGCACAUCCGCAGCGGACGUUGCAUACAAGUGGACAGUGAAUGUCAAUAAUCCUGAACAAUUUUCAUCCUUUGGGAAUAUACCUCCGUGCAAUUACUGAAAUUAAACCGAUCUGCCUAAGUCUAAUCUAGAUUUUUGAAACGUAAGCUACUUCACUAGAAUAGCAAACGUUCUCUGUCUUUCCUACCUGACUUCCAGUGGUCCUUUUUGACUUCUCAUUUAUUUAGCUACAUUUUGGGGGGUUCGUUGACCGAAAAGCAGUUAAAUCCCCCCUCAUAGUUGGCGGCAUAGUGACAGAUUUUGUUGACAUCUUGUAUGCUUAUAAAGUUACCGAGUCUUAGGCUUUAGUUUUGCUUGCCUUAAAUUCGAAAGAACACACACUUCGUUAUAAUCGUCACUACAAAUUCACGUCCAGGAUUUAUUAGUCUUCGCAGGCAAUGAACUUUCUACUCCAUCCACCCUUCGUUCGAAAAAUUGAACCACCCUGGAGUACAAAAAUUAAGUUAUUCAGGAUGGAGCACUGAUGAUGUCAGAAAAUAAACGGAGCAGCAGGGGCGAAUCCAGGAGUUUGUCAUAUGAAAUAAAUGUUAGAAAGUGGGGUGGGCAAUUUUUAGGACCAGGUGUGGUGACAAUGCUUUGGUUCCUUUGCCUUUAAAACGUCGGAUUCAGGACGCGGCCGUUUGAAAGACCCCAAAAGUCCUGAUCAAUGUUACAAGGGUUUUAGACAUGGACAAUGUUGAGUUCUAAGUAUUAUGUGAAGACAGAGCUGAACGUCUUUAAGUUGUUAAUGCAAAUGUUAGAGUGGGACUUCACAAUUGGGCCGAUCGGUAAGUGGGUGCAGAAGAAACUUUUUGGCCCUAUUGUUGUGUCUAUCCAUCAGCUGCCUUCAAAAUUUAUGAUUUCGAUUAUGUUACCACAAAAAGGGAGUAUUUCCAUUUUAUAUUUUCAGUUCACUUUACCGUCAGAAUACUUGAUUACAUAAAUAUUCCAUAUUCGAAUAAUCUGUUUUACUGAAUUAUCAAAUGAUUCGGCAACCCAAGCUGUAGCAUGUUAUGUUCUUUUCUUUUAACUUUAAUACACUUUUACAUGUCCAUGUCACGCUUAGGUGAUCCUGUAUCGCUCGUUCAUUUAUGUCUUUCUCUUAUGUCUUUAAAAUUCUGGCAAAUUUUAGUUUUACAUGUCCGCAUCUUUUUCGUAUAUUUUAACUGUUCUUUUCAAGUAUUUUUCUUACAAGGAGAUCCAAAAGCUU